AGAGGGGGGCUGGACUUCGUCUGUCACAAACCACAACCUGCUUGGUGUCUGCAGAAAACCAGUUUAGAAAAAUUCUUGCUGAAGGGAGAAGCGCUGUGUUGGAUGACAAACGGCUCCAAAAGCGAAGGUUUGUCUGUGCGCGUUCGGCUCCAGCUGCAACCCCGCGCGCCACAGCAAAGCUCGGUUCCCCGCGGGUGGAACGGACUUAUUUGGUUUGCGCGAUGAUGGCCACUUACCAAAGCCCGGAGGACGACCCGAUGGCGCUGAUGAUCCACGACACCAACACGAGCAAAGACAAGGAGCGGCCGAAAGAGGAGCCGGUGCAGGAGAAGGUCUCCGAGAAGCCGGAUCCGUCCCAGAAGCCCCCCUACUCGUACGUCGCCCUCAUCGCCAUGGCCAUUCGGGAGAGCUCCGAGAAGCGCCUCACGCUGUCUGGCAUCUACCAGUACAUCAUCAGCAAGUUCCCCUUCUAUGAGAAGAACAAGAAAGGCUGGCAGAACAGCAUCAGGCACAACCUGAGCCUCAACGAGUGCUUCAUCAAGGUUCCGCGGGAGGGCGGCGGGGAGCGGAAGGGGAAUUACUGGACACUCGACCCGGCCUGCGAGGACAUGUUCGAGAAAGGGAACUACAGGAGACGCCGCAGGAUGAAGCGGCCUUUCCGACCGCCGCCCACGCACUUCCAGCCGGGAAAAGCCUUGUUCGGAGGAGACGGCUACGGGUACCUGUCCCCGCCCAAGUAUCUGCAGUCCAGCUUCAUGAAUAACUCCUGGUCGUUGGGCCAGCCGCCCACGCCGAUGUCCUACACGUCCUGCCAGAUGGCGAGCGGCAACGUGAGUCCAGUCAACGUCAAGGGCCUGACGGCCCCCUCGUCCUACAACCCCUACUCUCGGGUGCAGAGCAUGGCCCUCCCCGGGAUGGUAAACUCUUACAACGGCAUGGGUCACCACCACCACCCGGCGCAUCCGCACCACGCGCAGCAACUGAGUCCGGCCACCGCGCCCCCCCCGCCGGUCUCCUCCAGCAACGGAGCGGGCCUCCAGUUCGCCUGCUCCCGCCAGCCCGCGGAGCUCUCUAUGAUGCACUGCUCAUACUGGGAACACGAGACCAAACACUCCGCUUUGCACACGAGGAUUGAUAUUUAAAGUUUUCCGUCUGCGUAAAAACCC